AAAUCCAACCUACAAAUUGUUCUAAGAAACAUAGAUAUUCAUAAGCUUUUUCUCUUCCAUUCUCUCUCUUGGAUCGUUUCCAUGGCUGGGCUGCAACAAUACAACUUCUUCCCCACUGAUCUCUUGUACCCUCGUCCACAACCACAACAAGCUUCUCCUAAACCCACUGUUCUUCCUCUCCAGAACCCUAAUUCUCAGGAUCACACUCACCAACAACAACAACAACCUAGGACCAAUCUUACCCCUUCUUCUUCUUCUGCUCUUGUUUACACUCAAAACAACCAAUCUCUUGUUGCUGUUCACAACAACGUCUCCAAAUUCGCCUCAGACCCUCUUUCUUGGCUGCUUUGGAUGACUGAAGAAGAUCAACAACAAAAUGCCUCAGACUCUUCUUGAAUUCUUCUACAAUUCACUCAAUUCCACUCAUUGAUGUAUCGCACCAUAUCAUUCCACUCAUUGAUGUAUCUUAUUUCAGUGAGAUCAACCGAUGAAUCAUGCUGCAUCUUUUUCCACUCAGUUUAAGGAAAAGAGGAAGGAAACUGAAUAAUAAUCUUUUCAUGUCUUUGUUAGUAAACUGUAAAAUCAUCAUUGAUGGACUAAUCCCUCUUUUCUGUAAUGCUUUUAGCUUUUACCCUUUGAUCAAUUCUAUGUUCCAGAGAAUAUUUGAGUCGGUUUACACAUAUAGAAGUUUAUCAAGCUUAUGAAAAUCAAUAAAAGUUUAUCAAGCUUCUUUUAUAUAUGUCAACACUCCUUUACCGAAUUCGAGGAAUUUAUUAUAGAAUUGGAGGACUCGAUUAUAUAUGCUGCAUUACAAUUACAUGUUUGUUUUCUUAGACCAAAGGAAAAGGAAACAUGAAUCUAGAAAAUUGGCGAUGAAUGUGUCAAAGUUUGUUAGUCAACAUGCUACAUAUGUGGAAUUAAGUUUAAUAGUGUAACAGUCAAUGUUGGUUUUCUUUGGCCAUCUCUUCUGAAAAUGUGCAUCAAAUCAAAUCAUAUGUUCAAAUUCAACAUUUGCAACCUUUAGAAGAGGAAAAAAAAUAAAACAAAAAAUUAAAGAUGUGAGAACAUGCCGAAACUCACGGGGCGUACAAUAGACGCAGACGGUUACUUCCGGAACAUCAUGCGA